GUGAAAGGAGGCUGGUGUGGACAUUGUUAUCACAAUUACGAGCGGGCAGUUAGCGGAACUGUUCUGUGCCUCCCCCUCCUUUCUUGCGUGUUAGGAGGAUUCAGUGUUGAGCCAUUGUUCUAGCGCAAUCUUUUAUGAUACCAGAAAUGCAGUCAAGCAGGGUGGCUGUUGUGACUGGAUGCUCCCGAGGUGUGGGACUGGCUUUGGUGACAGAGCUUGUCAAGAACAAUUACAAGGUGUUCGCCACGUGCCGUUCUCCGUCGUCGGCCGCCCAGCUGGCGGAGGUGCUCAGCUCCCUGCAGCAGCCCCCAGCCACGCCGCUGGACGUCACCGACGAGGCGACCAUCCAGCAGGCGUACAGCACGGUCCGCGCCGCCACCGGCCGCGUCGACCUACUCAUUAACAACGCAGGCAUCGCCACCCGGGGGCAUCCGGUCGAGCCGUGCCUGACGGCCGACGUGGCGGAAAUGAACCGGCUGUUCGCCACCAACGUCUCGGGCGUGGUGCGCACCACGCAGGUGUUCCUGCCGCUGCUGCGGGCCAGCCCGCGGCCGCGCGUGAUCAACAUCUCGUCUGGCCUCGGCUCGCUCGCCCAGUGCAGCAAGCCGUCGCCCGGUAUGCGCAACGGCCAGGUGAUCUCGUACCGGGCGUCCAAGGCCGCCCUCAACAUGGCCACAGUUGUGAUGUGUCAGGAGAUGCCGGAGGUGCAGUUCCUGCUGGUGCACCCAGGCUGGGUGGCCACCGAUAUGGGCUCGGCGGGAGGUCGGUCGCCGGACGUGUCGCCCGCGGAGAGCGCCGCCGGCAUCGUCCGCGUCGCCGGCGACGACCAGCGGCACUCCGGCGAGUUCAUCGACUGGAAGGGCCAAACCAUACCGUGGUAGCGCUCUGGCCGCUGCCCGGCGCCGGCGGACCGUCCGGAAGGCACCGGUCCUCCUGUCCCAGCUGGGCACGCGGCGCCGGACCAGCCGCGACCGCCGAGUGAAAAUGUCAGAUGUGGAUUCGACCGCGUGCUCUGUGCACAUUUAGUGGGGUUAAUUCUGUGGAUACGCGUGAUGCCCAAACAGCUGUGUGCUCUAAAAGGGUUGCUGGGGGCUGCGGGGAUGCAGCUGGCAAAUCUGGAUUUGCGGGAUCUUGCAGGCUGCAGCUUGCACUGGACCGCAAAACAAAUAAUGUGAUACAAAAGUUGAUCUUGCAAUUGCUUGUGCUCUGGUAAUAUAUGCAUGGGUAUUGGGCUACAUUCGUCGUGACGACGCUUAACCCCAUAAUAUUUACCGUUAUUUUGGUGAUUUAGUUAUAAUCUGAUGACAGGGAGCACCGGCCGCCAGAGUCGUGUUGUAAAAUGUGUUCGAGCUGUGCUUGGAACGUUUUGACUCGCCGCUGGUUAGAGAUCGUUUGAGUGAAUGCACUGGGAUGCUAAUAAGCGGAAUUCUAAAUGUUUUUUACGAGUAAUGCGUUACUCACGUGCGUCCGUUGUUAUUAUUCUAUGUGGCCGUGCGGUAUGGUUAUACGAUGAACUCCACAUGAUGGUAUGAUCGUCUAUCGGAUCCGGGUGAGGCCUGGAGCCAGUGAAUAUCAGGUACGCAGCGUCUCGCCACUGUCAUGAUUCUGCCGUGAGUUCAGCGUUUGCACCUCCCUGUUUUGCGGAGCUCGCGCAUGAUGGCGUCGGCUAACUAAGAGUGUGAGCGCUUGCGGGAGGCCGGUGCGCGACAGGUGUGCAUUUACACCGAGGCAUGUCUGUAGACGCACGACACUGUCCGCACUAGUCUCGAAGGCCACCGUUCUGCCUGUCAUCUGUCCAGGGCUUCAGUGCUGCUGUCUUUUCUUGUCUCAAAUGCCGCGCAGUCCCCUUAAAG